UGUACAAGUCAGAGACCCUCCUUAGCUAGCCGGUUGCCAUUGGAACACACAUAUAGAUGUAUAUGGCACAUAUAGAUGUAAAAAUUAUGUACGAUUAUAUAUAUACAAUUGAGCCUAUAGAUAUAUGAAUCUGCAUCACCAACUUCACUAAUGUGAGUGUAUGCUACAAACAAAUAAAGGAGUGGGAUUGUAGACUAGUAUUGUUGGAAGACGAUGGCGACCGCAUCAUCUGCAUAUCAGAAGCUUUUGAGCGUUGGUACUAAGAUCGUAGCCGUCGGCCGAAACUACGCCGCUCACGCCAAAGAACUUGGCAACGCCGUCCCCAAGGAACCAGUGUUGUUUCUGAAGCCAACGUCGUCGUACUUGGGAAAUGGAGGGAAAAUCGAGGUUCCACAUCCCUGGGAAUCGCUCGAUCAUGAGGUGGAGCUUGCGGUUGUGAUCAGUCAAAAGGCUCGCGAUGUUCCUGAGACAACAGCUAUGGACUAUGUUGGAGGUUAUGCACUUGCACUUGAUAUGACUGCUAGAGAAAUUCAAGCUUCUGCAAAGUCUGCAGGUCUCCCAUGGACUGUGGCUAAAGGGCAGGACACCUUCACACCAAUCAGCUCUGUUCUGCCUACAUCAAUGGUGCCAGAUCCUCAUGACUUGGAGUUGUGGUUAAAGGUAGAUGGAGAAACUCGUCAGAAAGGCUCAACUAGGGAUAUGAUAUUUACGAUCCCAUUUCUGAUUAGCCACAUAAGUUCUAUCAUGACGCUUCUUGAAGGAGAUGUUAUACUAACAGGCACCCCUCAAGGCGUUGGCCCUGUUAAAGCAGGCCAAAAGAUAACGGCUGGCAUAACAGGCCUCAUUGAUGUGCAAUUCGAUGUUGGGAAACGCCAAAAGACCCAAAAAUAGUUGAGCUAAUCAAAUCCAAAAUCUGCUCAGGGGGAGAGCUCGGUAAUAGUUGAGUCCUCCAGUGAAACCCGUGUGCUCAAACUUGGUAGCAUAAUAAUCAAUAUCUUCUUCUGACAACCAAGAUGGCAAGAUAACUGGAGUAUCAGGUGAAUCUCCAAACCCUUUACCUUUAGGGAAAUAAAAUGGCUCGGGAUUCCGAAAUGUUAGGAAUUUCUUUAGAACUCUUUUCGUACCAAUUUCAGCAAAUUCAGCUUCUAUUUCUCCCGGUUCCUACAACAUUAUCAAGCAAUUUUUCUGUUA